AUGAAUAGUAGAAGAGUGGUCGGCGAUGCUGAUUCCGAUGAAACAACGGUAAGAAUUGACACAUGCAUGAGCAUAGGCGCCGAAACGGCUGAAUUUAAAUUAAAACUGCAGUGAAAUUAUCGGAAAUAAUCACAAAUUUAGCGAAAUAUAUUGAGAGAUGUAGCUUAUAUUAUUGAAAAAUUCCUCAAAAUAUAACUCGAAUAAAAAACAACAUGAAUACUUAUAUAAUAUGUAUAGUUUUUCCUCUGCAUUGUCAAAAUUUUAAUAAUAAAAUAGUGAAUUAAUAUAAUUUAAUAUAGUUAAUAGACUUAAUAUAUCAGCGUGACAUAAUUUGCCACGAGUUUUCUUUCUGUGUAUCUCUUCUCUGUGGUGCAAACGGGUUGCGAUUUUAAUAUUAUAAGCUACAUUUCGCUUUAUAUUUCGCUAAAUUUGUCAUUAUUUUCGUUAAAUUUAUAAUUUCACUGCAGAUUUAAUUUAAAUUCAGCCGUUUAGUGGGCUGCAUAUGACAUGAGCUCACAUGAAUGAUACGUUAGCUGAAAUUUUCGCAAAUUAUUCCAUAAACAUCGCAUCAUGCCAUGCAGUUUAUAAUACCUAUGAUUUACCGACAUAAAAUUCGCACAAUCAUGCGAAACGUUAAAGGGGGCAAAAACUCAACUACAAAGUUAAAAAUAAACAUUGUAAAUGGAUUAAGUUAUGAUAUAUGAGUCUUAUUAAACAACUUUGAACUUCCACGCAACAUGUAACUGAGAUUUUCAUAAAAAUUGACUAAAACUUGAAAAAGUGUCUGCCAACAAUUAAUCAAGAUGCCAUUUACAAUCCAUCUCAAUCCUGAUGUAAUCUUGCCCAUCCAGACUUCUGUAGAUGUUUUUUGUGUCUGUUAUUGCUUUAUUUUGUGCUUACAAUCAUUCUUUUUCAGCUUUGGGCAAAAUUUGCGAGGGUUGGAAUUGCUCAAAAAUCGGUGACAUUGCCCCUUUAAUUUAAAGUUAAAACAGAUAUGAAAAACAUAUUCUGUUGUGACAUUUCAGCUCCCUAUGUGUGUUUGGUUUGAAGGGCCAACCACUGAAAAGUGUACGAGAUUUUUGGAUUUUGAAAAUACAUGGGGAUUUUUUUCUGAGAUUUUUUCAGGAUUGUUUGCAAAUUUUAUGGAGAUUUUUUAAAGGGUUUAUUGGGUAUUUUUUCAGGCUUUUUUAAUGAAAUUACUAGAGUGAUAAAGCCUCAGUUUCGUUCAUGACUUUAUAAAAUGGGCCAUUCCAUCUAAUAGGAAAAAGUUAUUUCGCUGACCUCAGAAUGACAUUUCGUCAAAACUUUUUUCUUCAAGAUUGGUUUAGAAACAAAUUUGGAGUAAGGUUAGGGUUAGUAUCAGGGUUAGUUUUUAGAGUAGGGUUAGUGUAGGAACACCGUUGCAUUGUUACGUUUUGUCUCUCUGAGGCCAGCGAAAUAACCUAUUCCCAUUUAAUAAGUUCACCCCCCCCCAUUGUUUUUUUUUCAGGGGUCAGAUGAAUUUAUUUUAUGUGAAAAUGAUGGGAUGUCAAUGGAAUCUGGGAACAGUGCAGACGAAAGCAAAAUGGAUGAACUGAAUGAAACAGGUUCAAGUAACCAAGGAGAAAGCAAUGUUAGAAGUGGUGGAAGGGGUCGUGGAAGGGGUCGUGGAAGAAGUUGUGGAAGAGGUCAUGGCAAUAGCAGGGGCAGAGGACAAAAUCGUGGACAAAACUUAGCCCCAGAGGAGGAUAGUGACCAGAUCGAAUCAUGCCAAUCAUGA